AUGGAGAGUCUUGCUCGUUUCGCUGUGGAUGAACAUAACAAGAACGAGAAUGCACUACUCGAGUUUGCGAGAGUGGUGAAGGCGAAAACACAAGUUGUAGCAGGAGCGAUGUAUUACCUGACUGUGGAGGUUACUCAUGAGGGUGGUAAGAAGAAGCUUUACGAAGCCAAAGUGUGGGAGAAGUCAUGGUUGGAAUUCAAGGAGUUACAGUGGUUCAAGCCUGCCAUUACUCCUUCCGAACUUGACUGA